AAUUGCGUGUGCGAUCGGCCAGUGUCACGUGACCGGAGCGGAGGCCGGCCAUCUUGCGUCGGCUCUGGAUGAUCCGCCCUGCGGGUUGCGGAAGCGGUGACCCGGCCGGGCCUGGUGCUGUUCAUUGAGUGACCCAGCCUAACUCAUGCACGACCGGAGCUGCAGGAAUAGCCGUCCCGUGUACUGUAUGAGGCAGUGGGAUUAGAGAAGCAUUCAACAUGUACUCUGAGUGGCGGACGCUGCACCUUGUUAUAAAGAAUGACCAAGGUCACACCAGCGUGCUACACAGCUAUCCUGAAAAUGUGGGUCGGGACGUUGCAAAUGCUGUGGUUCGUCCGUUGGGACAGUCGCUUAAUGCUCCAUCCACUGUUGGAAGUGAGAGUAUACUGAAAACUGAUAAAGAGGUGAAAUGGACCAUGGAGGUGAUAUGUUAUGGGCUUACUUUACCGCUAGAGGGCGACACUGUGAAAUACUGUGUGGACGUGUACACUGAUUGGAUUAUGGCCCUGGUGUCUCCAAAGGAUUCCAUUCCCCAGCCAAUUAUCAGAGAACCAAACAUGUACAUUCAAAUUAUCCUCAAGCAUCUGCAGAAUGUCUUUGUACCAAGGCAGGAGCAGGUAGUCAACCAAAUCCGGCUGUGCCAGCAGGUGUUGCGUUCUGUCCAGAAGCUGGCACGAGACUCUACGACUAUGGCUCGGGAGACGUGGGAGGUUCUGCUGCUCUUCCUACUACAGAUUAAUGACACGCUCCUUGCAGCUCCAACUGUGGCGGGAGGUAUUGCAGAGAGCCUAGCCGACAAACUAAUAGGAGUCCUGUUUGAAGUCUGGUUUUUGGCCUGUACCCGCUGCUUCCCAACACCACCCUACUGGAAGACAGCCAAAGAAAUGGUGGCUAAUUGGAGACACCACCCAGCUGUGGUAGAACAGUGGAGUAAAGCCAUUUGUGCUCUGACAUCCAGACUGCUACGGUUUACUUACGGCCCUUCAUUUCCUCCCUUUAAAGUUCCGGAAGAAGAUGCUAGUUUGAUAUCAGCUGAAAUGGAUAAUGAAUGUGUGACACAAACCUGGUUCCGAUUUCUACACAUGCUAAGUAACCCUGUGGACCUAAGUAACCCAAGCAUUAUUGGAACAACCCCAAACUUUCAGGAACAGUUUCUAAAUGUGAGUGGGCUUCCCCAGGAAAUCAGUCAGUACUCCUGUCUCAGACAGCUGCCUCAGAUCUUUUUCCGUGCCAUGCGUGGAGUCAGCUGCCUAGUGGAUGCGUUUUUAGGCAUCUCUCGCCCUAGGGCAGACAGUGCUCCUCCAACUCCAGUGAACAGACUCAGCAUGUCUCAAAACACUGCAACCAAUACAACUCCUCCUCACAGCCGAAGGCACCGCGCUGUCACUGUGAACAAAACCACCAUGAAAACCAGUGCAGUAAAUACAACACACAGCACAAAAGUUCAGCAGCAGGCGUCUUCCACCUCACCACUGUCCAGCCCAAACCAAACAAACUCUGAGCCACGCCCAUUACCUGCUCCUACAAGACCCAAAGUCAACAGCAUAUUAAACUUAUUUGGCUCAUGGCUCUUUGAUGCUGCUCUGGUUCAUUGUAAGCUACAAAAUGGAGUUAAUCGAGAUAGUAGUAUGACAGCAUCUUUUAUCCAAAUUCUCCUUUCUUAUAAAUCUUCAAUAGCUACGCAGGCCACCGUGGAAUUGCGUCGCAAAGGUUCCCAGUUGUCCACAGACACCAUGGGAUCAAGCACAGUGUUUGAUGCCAAUGAAUUUCCAGACAAUUAUGAGGCUGGACGGGCCGAGGCUUGUGGCACCUUGUGUAGGAUUUUCUGCAGCAAGAAGACCGGGGAGGAAAUACUGUCUGCAUACCUUUCCAGGUUUUACAUGGUCCUUGUCCAAGGUUUACAAAUUGGAGACUUUAUCUGCUACCCAGUUCUUGCCAGUAUCAUCCUGAAUUCCCCUCCACUUUUCUGCUGUGACCUUAAGGGAAUUAAUGUGGUGGUUCCAUAUUUUAUUUCUGCACUAGAAAUUAUAUUGCCAGACAGGGAGCUGUCAAAGUUUAAAAGUUAUGUAAACCCCACAGAACUUAGGAGAUCCAGUAUCAACAUCCUACUUUCACUGCUGCCUUUGCCUCACCAUUUUGGAACUGUGAAAUCAGAGGUAUUGUUGGAAGGAAAAUUUAGUAAUGAUGAAUCCGGCAGCGAUAAACCAGUUACCUUCCUAUCACUGAAGCUAAGGCUUGUCAAUAUCCUUAUAGGAGCAUUACAGACUGAGACUGAUCCCAAUAACACGCAAAUGAUCCUAGGUGCAAUGUUGAACAUUGUUCAAGAUUCUGCUUUCUUAGAAGCAACUGGAAAUCAGGUAGAAAUGAUCGAAAAUAAUCAAAUGAAAAGUCAUAGCCGAACAAACAGCAGCAUAAGCACAGCCAGCGGAGGUAGUACUGAGCCCACAACGCCAGACAGUGAAAGGCCAGCUCAAGCACUCCUGCGGGACUACGCUCUUCAUACAGAUACAGCUGCCGGUCUGCUUAUGCGCAGCAUCCACUUGGUCACCCAGAGACUGAAUUCGCAGUGGAGGCCAGACAUGAGCAUCUCAUUGGCUGCCUUGGAGCUACUCUCUGGACUGGCUAAGGUGAAGGUCAGCCUUGACUCCUCAGACAGAAAGAGAGCUGUGAUCUCUGUUUGCACAUACAUUGUGUACCAGUGCUCCAGGCCUGCUCCACACCAUUCCAGGGACCUGCACUCCAUGAUUGUAGCUGCAUUUCAGUGCCUGUGUGUCUGGCUCACUGAGCAUCCAGACAUGUUAAAUGAAAAGGACUGUCUGAAGGAGGUGCUUGAGAUUGUAGAACUAGGAAUAUCUGGUAGCAAAUCUAAAAACCCGGAGCAACAGGAGGUGCGCUACAAAGGAGAUAAAGAGCACAAUCCGGCUUCCAUGAGAGUGAAGGAUGCUGCAGAAGCCACUUUAACAUGUAUCAUGCAGCUACUUGGGGCGUUUCCUCCUCCAAGCGGCCCAGCCUCCCCCUGCAGUCUAGUAAAUGAAAUGACACUGAUCACUUAUUCCCGGAUUCCCACUGUCAGCAAGUACAGUUUCCGUUACUUUGUGCUUGAUAACAGCGUCAUACUGGCCAUGCUGGAGCAGCCUCUGGGAAAUGAGCAGAGCAAUCCCAGUCCAUCCAUCACUGUAUUGAUCAGAGGCAUGUCUGGCCGCCAUGCAUGGGCCAUGCAGCUCUGCCAUUUACCCCGGGCAGCAAGAGCCAACCAGCGAAUGUUUAUUCCUGAAGCCAGGCCAGAGCCCAAGAAUGACGUUGGUAUCAAAUACAGUGUAAAGCAUCGUCCGUUUCCAGAGGAGGUGGAUAAGAUCCCUUUCGUUAAGGCUGAUCUCAGCAUUCCAGACCUGCAUGAAAUUGUUACUGAAGAGUUGGAGCAGAGGCAUGAAAAGUUGAAGCUUGGAAUGGCUAAACAGAUUGCUUAUGAGGCUGGGCUGGAUCAUGUGAAAGAGGAGGAGUUUAAGAAGAAAAGCUACCCUGACCCUGUAACGGAAUGCAAACCGCCACCUCCCGCACAGGAGUUCCAGACUGCACGCUUGUUCCUAUCACAUUUUGGGUUCCUGUCUCUUGAAGCACUAAAAGAACCUGUAAAUAGCCGUCUACCUCCUCACCUCAUUGGACUUGACUCUCACAUACCUGGAUUCUUUGAUGAUAUUGGAUACUUGGAUUUGCUUCCCUGUCGUCCCUUCGAUACAGUUUUCGUAUUCUACAUGAAAGCUGGACAGAAAACAAGCCAGGAGAUCCUGAAGAAUGUAGAGUCUACUAGUAAUGUUCAGCCUCACUUUCUGGAGUUCCUGCUGUCCCUGGGCUGGCCUGUAGAUGUAGGGAAGCAUCCAGGUUGGACUGGUCAUGUGUCUACAAGCUGGUCAAUCAACUGCAUUGGAGAGAAUGAGCAGCAAGAUCAGGAUGAAGCUAUUACUGCAGAGGAUACAGGUGGGAGUAUAUUUAACGGGGAGAAGAAAGUCCUGUAUUAUGCAGAUGCCCUGACUGAGAUUGCUUUCGUUGUGCCAUCAGCAGCGGAGUCUAUGAUGGAAUCCUCUGACAGUAAUGUGUCAGAGCAGGAAAGUGACUCCAACAUGGAUCUUCUGCCUGGAAUUCUAAAGCAACCUCUAACAUUGGAACUGUUCCCUAAUCACACAGAAAGUUUGAAUUCCACACAGAGGCUCAGUCCCACAUCUCGUACUAAGAAGUUGCCGCAUGGGCGCACCAUCCCCCCAAUGGGACCAGAGACCAAGGUGGCCGUUGUGUGGCUGGAGCAGUAUGAUGACUUGGAAAACUUCCCACUGUCAGACCUAGUGGCAGAGACCAGCACUGGUAUAGAAACUACAACAAACAGCAGCACUUCUAUAAGGAACAGCAUGCCUGAUAAGGAGGUCCCUGUAAUAUUCAUACACCCUUUGUGCACUGGCCUGUUCCGUGUUAAAGUACAUGGGGCUUCCGGGAAAUUCAAUAUGGUUAUUCCUUUGGUGGAUGGAAUGGUGGUGAGCAGGAGAGUACUUGGCUUUUUAGUGAGGCAAACAGUCAUCAACAUCUGCAGAAGAAAGAGAUUAGAAAGCGACUCCAACACACCACAUGUGCGCCGGAAGCAGAAAAUCGCAGAUAUAGUCAACAAGUACAGGAACAGACAGCUGGAGCCUGAGUUUUACACCUCCCUUUUCCACGAUGUUGGCUUAAAGAGCUGCACUCCAUAAAACCAAAAUCCCUACUCCGGGGCCCAGAGGCAAAUGACAUUGUAUAAAGGGCCACUCUGGCAGGGUCUGGAAACCAAAAAUAACAGUUGCUGCUCUAAGUGUGUGCUUAAGGAGGGCUAUGUAACAAGACACUUUAAAUCCAAUCUGUGUGAUCCCAUCGGAAUAUAUCCAAGACUGCCCGGAGAUGGCAGAGGGUUUGGUCACGGACCACAUUUCGUAGACUAGUUUAUUAAGCAGCACGUGGAUCUUCAAGUAGUUGGCAACACCACAACUAGGGCACCAAUGUUGUAAGUCACAGGCUUGAGUGAGCAAGACUGUGGAUAAAUGCGUGAGGGCUUUUGCCAUAUAAGGUUUAGAAAUGCCACUCUGUAACAGAUCUUAUACCACUAUUGUUCAUAAGGGUCUGCUUUUUUAUGAAAGGCAAUUGCAGUCUACGAGCACCUCUCCUUCUAGUGCAUUUUUAGCCUUACAUUCACAACAAGCCUGUUAGUAAGGAGACCGUGUAUUGAGGUUGAGAAACCUCACAAUAUGUAUGCAAUCUUUUAUUUUUCACUAACUGUAGUUUGUUUUUGUUUGUUUUUUGUUUUUUUAGUUCAUUUGUUUUGUCAUGCCACCAAAAUCAUUAAAGAUGGUGAUAGAGGUGUCUGCACAGACAUUAUGCACCCUACAUGAUUAUACGUGAUUAUGGUCUCUCUAAUCAUCAGAAUUAUCACGUAUAUUCUGAGCUGUUGUUUAACCCCUCAAUUUCCAAAGGGGACUGCAAUUUUUUUAUCAUUGUUUUUGUAGUUUUCUUCACUAUUAUUCAUGCAUAUCCAGUUGCUAGGCAAUGCGCCUACAGGUGAUUAGCCAUAUUAAAUAUGGUCCACUUUGUUGAUCUGGUUUAAACAACUACAUAACAAUUUUCAAUUUAUUUUUUUGAUAUAUUAUUCAUGUGCAGUUGCGAAUAUCCAUAUAUAUGUUAUAGAAUAGUUCAGUUUAUCCCUUUUCAAUUACCAGUUUUUGAAACUAAGUUAAGGAGCCAUUUUCCACUAUAAUUAAGCCCCAGUAGGGUUUUUUCUAUUAAAAGUAUAUUGAUUUCCCGAGAUGAAGGGAUUUGUCCAUGAUAAUGCAUAUCUGUAUUUUUUAUUAUUGCAAGAUGAUAGUGGUAGGGCCUAAGGUCCCCCGACACCUCCCAGAAUGCAGCCUUUUUUGGGAGGGAGGAGAAUGGUAACGUGUAACAAGCCCUAAAGUCUAAGUUAAGCAUUGAAAGGACAUAACCAUAACAAAAUAGUAGUAUAUGUAUGUAUGUAUAUAUAUAUGUGUGUGUAUAUAUAUAUAUAUAUAUAUAUAUAUAUAUAUAUAUAUCAAAUAUUCAUCACACGAUAAUAUGUAUUUCAUGUAGGCCGCAAAAAUUCUGAUUUUUUUUGUGUGACCAUGUGGUGCCCAGUUGAAUUGUAACACCUGGAUCAAUAAUGCAUAACUUGACUUUAAGGGGUGCACAUACUUAGGUGCAGGUAUUCAGAAGUGGAGCGGUUGCCUAUAGCAACCAACCAGAUUCUAGCUCUUAUCUUCAGGAAGGUGCUAGAUAAUUGAUAAGUAGAUUCUGAUUGGUUGCUAUGGGCAACUUCUCAAUUUCUAAAAACCAGCACUUUAGUAAAUAUACCCCUAAGAUUCUUCUUUUGAGUGAGUUGUCAUAAGCACAGCCCAUCUAUUAUUAUUUUUUUUUUACUAUUAUUGCACUCUAAAGUUAAUUUGUAAAGGAUCUUGUUGAUGGCAAUAACCAUGCAACGUAAAAGCUGAUAUAUCCACGCAUAGGAUAAGAUACCAACCUUCCCAGUUGCCAGCUUUUCCAAGUCAUUGCAGUACCUUUUUAUAAUCCAUUUUCUCUUCUUUGGGUAUAUUACAUUGUGAUUAUCUGAGAUCCUAAAUUAUUCAGACCAUAUGACCUUCGAUUAGUCAGGUUUUGUACAUGGAAAGUCUAAGUGGAAUUAAUACAUUUUGUUGUCAGAGGGGCUGGUUCCCCUUUGGUGUUAUAAGGGUAGGUAGACUUAAACGUUUAAGUGUACAUAAUUUUGUUUGUUAAUUUAGCCUGGAAGGUUUUUUUUUUUUUGUUUUUUUCCGUUUAUCUAAAAUAUCUCUCACUUGAAUUAUUGCCUUUUUUGUGCGGUGUACUGGUAUAACUUGUACAGUUUCCUUUUAAAUGUUUAAACUAUGCUGAUUAUACAUUGAUCUUGCUUGCAGAUGAAAGAUUACUCUCUUUGCACUCCAAAACCAUCCUUUCACUUGUACUGAAAAACAAGCCUGUAACAACUUCGUAUAUAUUUUUUUUUAUUAAAUAAUUCCUUAUUUGUAAGCGGCACAUUUAGUCACUUACUCUGCACCCACAGAAGUAAAAUUUGUAUGCUGUUUUUAAGUUCCUGUUGCAAGUCAUGGACACUGUGGAAUUCGGUGUGUUUGAGAUGCAAGUUUGUUCCCCAGUUACUGUCAUUUUUAUGAAAAUAGGGUGUUAGCACAGAGCGGUGGAGUCAUUGUAUAUAGGAAGGACUGACUCUCUAGCAGGUCUCCUGUAACCUUUUUCCUGUUAAGCCACAAAAAUGGGUUCUAUUCAUGCCAGUCUCCUUUCUCUGAAAGGAACACAUCAGAUAUUGAAUGUAACACAUAGUCUAAUAAAUUUUAAAGGAAAUUAUUUAACAAAAUUAAA